CUUUUUUUUGCCACGUGGUAUGUUCCAGCCCAGUAUUUAAAUCCGGUAGCUUCAAGACAGUGCUGUUUGUGAUCGACUAACCGGCGUAAUCCAGGAAGCUGCUGAGAGAUAGACGGACAGAAGAAGAGAGAGUGAGAAAGCUAGGACUAAAAGGAGGGGAAAGCCCAGUCCAACUCCAUGCUGAGAGCAUAAGAGGAGAAGCCGAGAGGAAAAAGAGGGCACAUUUUGCAAUACCAGUGCUACAGCAGCACACGAUCUAGGAGAGAGAAUAUCCUGUCUCUCCUCUCCUCUUCUCACGCUCUCUAUUUGCUGUCAUUCUGUGCAUCGGGCCAGCGGGGGAGGGUACAUCGACUGUCCCAGGCCUAGUUAAAUGUCCCAGCAUCCCGCAGAAGCUCAGACCAGGCCACUGCGACAGUAACUGUGAGAGCAGGACAAGACAGGGCACAGGAGAUCUGUGUGGUGUAUCUGGGUCAAAACCCCUCAAGCCUCAGCGUUCCCUCCCAGGAACCCCUGUCUCUUUGAAACAGUUCCCGGUUGACCUACGAACCUCCAUGGAAGAGAAGUACAAAGAGAUUGCAGAGGAACUCUUCACGCGCAGCAUGGCGGAAAGUGAGAUGCGCAGCGCCCCCUAUGAGUUCCCAGAGGACAGCCCCAUCGAGCAGCUGGAGGAGCGCCGGCACCGUCUCGAGAGGCAGAUUAGCCAAGACAUUAAGCUUGAGCCCGAGAUCUUGCUCCGCGCCAAACAGGACUUCCUGAAAAUCGACAGUACCACAGACCUCGAGUUAAUGAAGGAGAAGAGUGUUGACGUUGGUGAUAAUGGCAUCAAGGAACGGGAAAUGCCAAUGGAGAGAGAGUAUCAGCGGGUCUCAAUAUCUGGAGAGGAAAAAUGUGGGGUACCUUUCACUGACUUGGUUGAUGCUGCCAAGUGCGUGGUGAAGGCUUUGUUCAUUCGAGAGAAGUACAUCAACAGAUCCUUGCAGUCUUUUUGCAAGACCACAGCUCAUGCCUUGCAGGACCUCGGCUUGAAGCCACUGGACAUGGGAAUCUAUGACAAAUUUCCCGAGACCCCCGUCGAUGCCGAUGCUCCCGUCCACCCACCUGUUUCGGAGACACACCCUUAUGACAAUCUGGACCCCAAAAAUCUGCCCUCAGAUACGGGAUAUGGUUGCAAGAUGGUAGAUGGAGUAAUGCACGUUUACACUAAAAAGAACACCAUGGAUAAAAGUACACUAUUAGAUCUUCCGUAUCCUGACUUGAAGGAAUAUAUCGCUGACAUGAAUGUAAUGAUGGCCCUCAUCAUUAACGGCCCAGUGAAGUCUUUUUGCUACCGUCGCCUCCAGUAUCUAAGCUCCAAGUUUCAAAUGCACAUCCUCUUAAAUGAGAUGAAGGAAUUGGCUGCCCAGAAGAAAGUUCCUCACAGAGACUUUUACAACAUACGCAAAGUAGACACACACAUACACGCAUCCUCCUGCAUGAACCAGAAGCAUCUGCUGCGCUUCAUCAAGAGGGCCAUGAAAAAAUACCCUGAGGAGAUUGUUCACAUUGAGCGGGGCCGGGGUCAAACCCUGAAGGAGGUGUUCGAGACCAUGAACUUGACGGCCUUCGAUCUGAGCGUUGACACGCUUGAUAUGCAUGCGGACCGCAACACGUUCCAUCGCUUUGACAAAUUUAAUGCCAAAUACAACCCCAUUGGAGAGUCCAUCCUCAGAGAGAUAUUCAUCAAGACUGAUAAUCAUGUUGAGGGGAAAUACUUUGCACACAUUGUCAAGGAGGUUAUGUCCGACCUUGAGGAGAGCAAGUACCAGAACUCUGAGCUGCGGCUGUCCAUCUAUGGUCGCUCCAGAGACGAAUGGGACAAACUGGCCCAGUGGGCUGUCAAACAUCGGGUGUAUUCAGAUAAUGUGCGUUGGCUAGUCCAGGUGCCCCGCCUUUUUGACGUGUAUCACACAAAGAAGCAGCUAGCUAAUUUCCAGGAGAUGCUGGAGAACAUCUUUCUGCCAUUGUUUGAAGUAACUAUCGACCCCCAGAGUCAUCCUGAGCUGCAUCUCUUCCUGGAGCACGUGGUGGGAUUCGACAGCGUGGAUGAUGAGUCCAAACCUGAGCACCACAUUUUCAAUCUAGACAGUCCUUUACCAGCCAACUGGAGAGAGGAGGACAACCCGCCCUACUCCUACUACCUCUAUUACACCUACGCCAACAUGACCGUGCUCAACCAACUGCGCCGGAGGCGAAACUUUCAUACGUUUGUGCUGCGACCUCACUGCGGGGAGGCAGGGCCGGUCCAUCACCUGGUAUCUGGUUUCAUGCUGUCGGAGAACAUCUCCCAUGGUCUGCUGCUCAGAAAGGCCCCUGUGCUGCAAUAUUUGUACUAUCUGGCUCAGAUCGGCAUCGCCAUGUCGCCUCUGAGCAACAACAGCCUGUUCCUGAGCUACCACCGCAAUCCACUGCCAGAGUAUCUGUCAAGAGGUCUCAUGGUGUCCCUGUCCACCGAUGACCCCCUCCAGUUCCACUUUACCAAGGAGCCUCUCAUGGAGGAGUACAGCAUUGCAACUCAAGUGUGGAAGCUGAGCUCCUGCGACAUGUGCGAGCUGGCAAGAAACAGUGUUCUCAUGAGUGGCUUUUCACACAAAGCUAAAAGCUACUGGCUGGGUCCCAGCUAUUACAGAGAGGGCCCGGAGAGCAACGACAUCCGCCGCACCAACCUCCCCGACAUUCGGGUGGCGUACCGAAGCGAGACGCUCUCAGAAGAGCUGCAGCUCAACACCCACGCCGUGCGAACCGAGGAGCUGGAAACCAUCAGCGAGGAAGACGCCCUGUGCAUGGGCCCUCUGGCCGGGUGCCGCUAAAGAGCGCCUGACGUGUAAGCUUGUCGUAAGGAACUCGUCCUGCCUGCAACAACUGACAUCCAUCCAUUUAUCCAUCCACUUCGUAAUGCGCUCUUAUUUGUUCUGCGUCAACACACUGCACAAGCAAAUGUUUUGCGGCCCAAAGCACAGUGACAAUUAUGAUUCCUUGGCGCUUCUGGCAGAACUCCUCAAACAUUCCACUGAGAGGGAAAGAGACAGAUUUCAUUCUUCAACCACUCGUCUUGAGCCUUAGAGAAAGGUCAGGCGACACUCAUUCCUUAUUGAUCUGGAGUUAUCCAAAAUAUCUAUUAUUGUUCCUUUGCAUGCGUCUAUCGCACUGUUCAUGCGCAACAAGAGUUCACAGUGCCUUGUUUAUUGAUGGUGAGUUGAUUGUUCAAACUGAGGCCACCUACAGUAGUGACAUGCACCCACCUGAAGAGGAUAUUUAUUCCUUUGCAUGCCUGCACGUUGAGUCGAUGACUUGUUUACAAGCUGUAACAUUAAGAUAGGUGACCGCCAUUUAUAGUCCCACUCUCUCUUGAAGGUUUCGACUCACUUCUGAAAGUUAUUUUUGAAGGAAAAAUACUGUUUUCAGUGAAAAUAGUCUACGACUACAAGAAAAUCAAGAUGCUAAUUUCCUUUUAAAAUAAGGCCAUUUAUGAGUGAUGUUCAAACGUUUGAAAGGAAUAUUGUGUUAGUGAAGUGGACCUGGAGAGCGUCAUCUGUGGACUGGGACACCACUACACCGUUGACCCUGUAUGAGAAUGCCAUGCCAGCUUGUAACUUCUCUCAUCAUGCCCACAAUGUUGUUCAAGCUAUGUGAAGGAUGAAAAGCAAGUGCGGCGAUGCCUUGAGAUACGAGUGAGUUUAACAUUGUGCUUUAGAAACGGUGAACUCGACUCACUUGAAAACAAAUGAGUCUUUAGGCUGUUUUAUUACCACUCUGAUAACCAAAAUCGUAAGAAGUCAUCUUAGCUCAAUGCUAACAAACAAAAAAAUGCCACAACUGUAGCGGUGUUGUGAAGCUUCAGACAACGGAUAUUUGAACAGAAGUCGUACAGCAACUCGUGUUGACGACAUAUCAUUCUGAAAAGCAUGUAUUUGUUGACCAGCUGUUAAAAAAAAUGGCCAAUUCUACUGCAGCUUUCUGAGUAAUUAAAAGUAGUUGUGAAAAUCUUCAAGCUACAGAUAUUUGAACACAAACACUGCAGCAACACAUGCAGACAAUGUAACGUACAAGCAUUUACAGUAUAUACAGUGGUAUGAAAAAGUAUCUGAACUUUUUUGAAUUUCUCACAUUUCUGCAUAAAACCCCCAUCAAAUAUGAUCUGAUCUUUGUCAAAAUCACACAGAUGAAAAUACAGUGUCUGCUUUAAUUAAAACCACCCAAACAUUUAUAGGUUUGCAAAUUCUAAUGAGGAUAGCACGCAAACAAUAAGAGAAGGGGGAAAAAUAAGUAAGUGAACCCUCUGCCUAAGGAGACUUAAAGAGCAAUUGAAACCAAUUUUUAGUUGAGUUGUUUUUACAUUUUAAUUCAGGUGUGUGCCCAAUCACUAAUGAAUUGUUUAAAGCUGCCAGGCCAAAUAUAAAACACACACCUGGUAAGAAAUCUCUUGAUGAGAAGCAUUGUCUGAUGUGCAUCAUGGCUCGGUCAAAAGAGCUGUCUGAAGACCUGCGAUCAAGGAUUGUUGAUUUGUAUAAAGCUGGGAAAAGAUACAAAACCAUCUCUAAAAGUCUGGAUGUUCAUCAAUCGACAGUCAGAGAAGUUGUCUACAAAUGGAGAGAGUUUGGCACUGUUGCUUCUCUCCCAAGGAGUGGCCGUCCACCAAAGAUGAUGCCAAGAGUUCAGCGCAGAAUACUCAGAGAGGUUAAAAAAAAAAAAACCUAGAGUGUCUGCUAAGGACUUACAGGAAUCACUGGCACAGUCAAAUAUCUCUGUGCACACAUUAACUAUAUGUAAAACUAUGGCAACUAAUGGUGUUCAUGGCAGGACUCUACAGAGGAAGCCACUGCUGCCUAAAAAAAAUUGUUGCUCGUUUAUUGCUCGCAAAAAGGCACUUGGACACUCCAUAGAAUUUUUGGCAAAAUAUUUUCUGGACUGAUGAAACCAAAGUUGAAUUGUUUGGGUUAGGUUUUAGGGCUGACCAACAUCAACACCUCACCCACACUGUAAAGCAUGGUGGAGGGAGUAUCAUGAUUUGGGGCUGUUUUGCUACCUCAGGGCCUGGACAACUUGCAAUCAUUAAUGGAAGAAGGAAUUCAAAAGUUUAUCAGGAUGUUUUGCAGGAAAACCUAAGGCUGUCUGUCAGACAGUUGAAGCUAAAAAGAGGAUGGAUGCUGCAACAAGACAAUGAUGCAAAACACAGAAGUAAAUCAACUUCAGAAUGGUUUCAGAAGAACAAAAUACACGUUCUGGAGUGGCCAAGUCAAAGUCCAGACUUGAACUAUAUUGAGAUGCUGUGGCAUUACCGAAAGACAGCGAUUCAUGCCAGACAUCCCAGGAAUCUGACUGAACUACAGCAGUUUUGUUGAGAAGAAUGGGCCAAGAUUAGUCCUGAUCGAUGUGCCAGACUGAUCUGCAGCUACAGAAAGCGUCUGGUUGAAGUUAUUGCUUGCAAGGGGGGGCACAAAAUUUUAAAUGUGAUGGUUCCUUUACUAAUCUUUCCCCCUUCUUGCAUUGUUUGCAUACUAUCCUCAUUAAAAUAUGAAAACCUAUAAAUGUUUGGGUAGUUUUAAUUAAAGCAGACACUGUUCUUUCAUCUGUGUCAUUUUGACAAAGAUCCGAUCAUAUUUGAUGGUGAUUUUAUGCAGAAAAUUUUGAAAAAUUCCAAAAGGUUCUGAUACUUUUUCAUACCACUUUAUUUGUGUUUUUUGUCCUCUGCGAAAAAUUACUAAUUUUACUGCAGCUUUCUGUAUUAUUAACAGUAAUUGUGAAAUUCUUUGUUUGCCAAUAUUACCUGUUUUAUACGGUACACCAAGAGCCGCAAUGAAAAAGUAGAACCGGUUUAAAUAGAUUCUAUUGCAUUAUGCUAUUCCUUCAUGCUUUUCUUAUAAAAAUAUUAUAAGGUGUUCAGAAAGAAUGUUUUCCUUAUAAAAAUAACCCAUGAUUAAAUGUGUUUUUUCUCAUUUCAACAAGUAAAUGCGAUUAGAGCUCUGUAUUUUAUUAUGAAUGUGCUUACGAAACAGACUAAACUCGUAUCUCAAGGCACGUAUAACCUGUUUGGAUUGAGAUGGCUGGCAGUCAAUGAUCACAUUUAAGUGCCAUUGACGUCCAAGCUAUAAAAUGGAUUGGGCGCCUAUCAGCCGUGGUUGACUUCCUAAAGCACCUCAGUUCAACUUUGUUCCUUGGCAGCAACACGUCUCAAAAUUACAUUUAAUAUUGACUCCAAAACAUUUAAAGCGGGUGUAUCCAUUAUUAUUAUACAUUAUUUAUUUGUGGAUACAAAAAGAAAAGAAUCAUCCGACUGAAGUCUCAAACUGGUGGCCAGUUUGCCCUUUCACCUCAAUUUGUCAUUGAGUUGCUAUGCUACGCUAAGCAAUAGGGAUGCUUUGCGAAUGUUGGGAAGUAGCCGUUACAAGGACGUCUUGGGUUUUCGAUACAUAGUGUAUUUUUCAAAGUGUAAUUUAGGGAUUUUUGCAUUCAUAUUAAGCAACAUUGUUAUUUGCCACUCAGUCAGCUGUGUUCGCCCAUAUACAGUAGUCGCUUCAUUCGAUAUUUCUUGUUUUACUGCUGAAAGUCACAUUAAUGGUCAACAGGGAUCGAGAAAAUGACCGUUUCCGCUUCGCAUGAUGGUAAUUCAUAGCACAUAUUUCAUGUAAAAAAAAAAAAAAAAAAAACGUGAACGCACAGUUUAUUGAUUAAUCCUCUGACUUCAAGUGAAGGAUAAUUAACUCACUGGCUGCCACUGAUGGCAAUGGAUGUCCAAUCCAGUCACUAGUAUACGUAGCUGGCAUAAAUCGGUUAACAUACGCUAUUUGCAGUUAAUAGUUAUUGGACCGAUAUAGUGAAAUUAGAUCAUCAAUGAUUACACCAAUAAAAACAUGUUGAAAUCAUAUAAAGAAAUAUUUUUAAAUGAAAGUUUGAGCUGCCUAUAGAAAAUCUUUUUUGUGCUAUUGAAUAAUUAUUUGGGUUGGCCAGUUAUCUUAAAACCUAUUUACCAGUAGGUGACGCUAUAGAUGCACUUGUUGUACACAGCUUGUAAAUUCUAACUUGUUCACUCCAUGUCUAGUUUAUGGAGACAUUGAAUCAUGUUAAUCACGCACACAUUGGCAUACAUGCUAAUAUUAACUCUCGAUUAGAAACUAGCUCAGGCUUGUUCUGAUUCCAUCAGUGUUGUAGAUCAAAGGGAAACAUAAUUGUGUUUUAUUGCUGAAGAAUCCAUCCAAAUAAUAUUUGUAAUCUUAACCAGCAAUUUUAUUUUGUUUUUACUUUUUUUUUGUUUGUUUGUUUAAAGCAAAAAACCGACAUAAAUUGAUCACUCACAUUCAAUUGUCAGAAUCCACCUUUUAUUUUAUUAUUUUUUUUAACACAAAGGUUUCAUUCUAAUUUGGUUUGUUCUUGUCUGACACACAGGAUACUGUAGCACGACCUACCUCACAAGGCCUAAUCCUAUAGUUGUGUUCAUUUCUCUUGUCCCAUUACAUGGAUGAGAGUAUUCAAAUGUUAAACACGAUCACAAAAUCAUCAGUUCUGAGGAAUUUCUAUGUGUUUUUGUGUUCGAUAAUUCAAAUGUCAUGGUUCUCUGCCCGUUGUGGGGCUCUAGUGAGAUAAUCAGAUCCCGACAGUGUUGGCAAGUCUUUGGUGAGAAUUGUCUGAGCAGUUUAAAUAAAGCACGUUUAUUCAUGA